GCGGCCGCUUACGAGAACUGCAGCGACGCGCGGGAGAUUCUCCACAUUGUGUCUGUGGGCGCUGGAGGAGCUGUCCACCAACACGGUGCUGAAGUGUGUCCGAACAACCCCGCACGGUUGAUCAAGUAUUUUAAAGGAUGCACUGGUCAAUGAGCACACUGCCCUUGCCUCCAUAUGUCGAGCUGGGGGUGCACUCACUGAGCGGCCUCCUCUGGACUCUGCUUCUGCUUUUCCUUUGGCACUGCUACCGGAUUGGCUCAGACCUGCCGAUCCCAGGCCACGCACAUGCUGGAAAGCUCAAGUCAGGCUGCAGGCGGUCCAUGAUGUCCCGUCGAGGUAGCUGUGCUGGGACCAAGUGUAGUGCACGAUCCAAGCUGUCAAGGAGUGAUCAAAUUACUCCUUUUAUUUCCAUGGAAACGGAGGAGGACGAGGAGCAGGGACAGGGCUACCUCACGCCAGUGCUGAGUCAUGCUUUGUUCCCAGCUCAGGCCUCUGCAGAGGCCAAGAAACUGUACGCAGCUCUGCAGGAGUACGCCAAGCGCUACAGUUGGGUGGGCAUGGGCCGCAUUCAUAAAGGCCUCCGUGAGCAGAUCAGACUGAAUGAUCACUCCACCAUACAGAAGCCUCAUCUCUUCUUCCUCCCCGAUGUCCCAAGCGUUCCUUUCUUCCCCCGUGAUGCUCAUCGACAUGACAUCGAGGUCUUAGAAGCCAACUACUCGGCGAUCUUGGCUGAAUUUAAGGCGGUUUAUCAACGCGGCAUUGAACAAAAACAAGGCUGGACCGUUCUGGGACCAAAGGGUCAGGCAGUGUUUCCUCUGUACAGCGCCGGCGUCUGCGUGGCAGGAAACUGCCGCUCCUGUCCCUGCACGUACCGCACACUUCUCUCUCUUCGGACAUUCAUAAGCAGCAACUCUUUGGGAUCUGCUGGAUUCUGGCUGCUGGGGCCCGGAGCGACGCUGGGGAGCUCGUACGGACCCACCAACACACGCCUGAGAUGUCAUCUUGGUCUGCAGACUCCACCCUCGUGUGAGCUGGUGGUGGGAGGAGAGCCUCAGUGCUGGUCAGAGGGACACUGCCUCCUGGUCGAUGACUCCUUCCUUCACACCGUCUCCCACAAGGGGCCGUCAGAUGCUGGACCUCGGGUCAUUUUCAGCGUAGACCUCUGGCAUCCAAACGUGGCCGCAGCAGAGAGACAAGCUUUGGACUUCAUGUUCAGCCCUGACUGCUGAAUUUGCUCCUGAGUAUCUCAAACACAACACGUAGGGGUGCCUUACUCUCGCCCUGCUCGUUGUGGGUCAUGCAUCUUAUUCCAGUCGAUGAAUCACUGUGUGAAUCUGACCUAAGAAUUACCCAAAGCCAUUAGCCCCGCCCUCGAGGUGUGACUGGAUUUUUGGCCUGCACCAGGAAGUGCCACACAAGUAAAGAUGCCAUAGACCAGUGGUACUCAGCCUUGUUAGACAAGAGCCACAUUGACCAAAAAAUAUUUCUGCAAGAGCCACAAUCAAAAAACCUCUUUCUUUCCUAAAAUAUGUGAGGGGAAACACAGUGACAUGACUUGCAAAGAAUAAUUUCUGCUGACAAUGUUUCCUUUUUUUAAACAAUUACUUUGGAUUUUUUUCUCCAAGUACAACCUAAAAGAGCCACAACUAGUCCCAAAUUAGCCACAUGUGGCUCGAGAGCCUUGGGUUGAGUAUCACUGCUGCAGACAAUACUAAUUUGGCUUGAAACAACAAACUGACAUCAUUUGAAAGCACACAAAUAUCAAGAGAAGCAGAUCUGGUGUUGUAAAUCUUAUCUUCACAUCAUAUACUCUGCUAGUGAAUGCUCUCUGCAUGUUGAACCUCCUCGUCCUGAUUACUGGACUUGCAUGUGCUCUUAAGCUUCAGGAAGUCGUGGACAAAGUCUCAGCGGGUUGUUUUAUUUUGAAAGGUAUAUAGAUUACCUUCAGCUUAACCAAAAAAACUGUGAAAAAAUUUAAAAAUCAUAUUCAUGAUGAUUUCAUUUAUUUAUUUUUGUUGUUAAAUGGAUGCCGAACUUUUAUAAACCUUUGCACACUGUGGUGAUUCAUUCUCUUUGUAUUCGUAUCCUGUAUGUACUGUAUAACUUUACGUUUGUAUCUAUAAAUAAAAAUUAAAUAUGUGAA